AUGUCUAGGCAUGACCAAAACACACUAACCAGGCAACAAUGGGUAAUGCCCAGCGGCGGCGGCAAUCUCGAAUCGCUCAAACUGCAGUGUAAUCAUAUUCAUAAACCUGGUUAUGGAGAAGUCUGUGUUAAAGUGGAAGUGGUGGGUCUAAACUUUGCGGAUAUCUUCACGGGCUUUGGUCUGUACUCACCGAUAAGUUCGGGCGAAAUAAGUGGCAGUAUUGUACCCGGACUUGAGUUUUCCGGUGUAGUGCAACAUGUGGGACAG